AUGACUAGUAUGUUAUUUUUAUGCCUAGUUUUUACAAAAUCAAUUUUUUUCUUUUUUCGUGCAUUUGGUAAAGUUGAUAAACUUAUUGAGUUAUUAAAUACAAAAACUGGAGAUCUCUUCGAAGAACUUUCGACUGAUAAGAUAAGCAAGUUUUUAGCUCGAUCAUCAUCAACAUUAUUUGUUAACAUAACCGGUUCUUUCUUUUCUACAACUAUCGAAGAUAUCUGUAUAGAUACAAAUAUUGUUGAUCCAGAAAAACAAGAUAAAAUCGGUGUCGGUAUGCUUAUUACACCAAAACCAAAAGUUGUUGAUCGUGAUCAAGAGAAAAAAUAA